ACCGUGCCCGCCCUCAAUCAAUCAUGUUUGAAAUUAAGAAGAUUUGCUGCAUUGGUGCUGGCUAUGUUGGUGGGCCAACUUGUAGUGUUAUUGCACAGAUGUGUCCCAAUAUCAAAGUUACUGUCGUGGAUGUUAAUGAGGCCAGAAUCAAUGCCUGGAAUUCUGAUACACUUCCAAUCUAUGAGCCAGGGUUAAAAGAAGUCGUAGAAUCCUGUCGAGGAAGAAACCUCUUCUUUUCCACCAGUAUUGAUGAUGCCAUUAGAGAAGCUGAUCUUGUGUUUAUUUCUGUUAAUACUCCAACAAAGACCUAUGGGAUGGGCAAAGGCCGAGCAGCUGAUCUGAAGUACAUUGAAGCUUGUGCCAGACGAAUUGCACAAAACUCCAACGGCUAUAAAAUUGUCACUGAGAAAAGCACAGUUCCAGUGCGUGCUGCAGAGAGCAUUCGUCGGAUAUUUGAUGCUAAUACUAAGCCUAACUUGGAUUUGCAGGUGCUGUCUAACCCAGAGUUCCUUGCAGAAGGAACAGCCAUCAAGGACCUGAAGAACCCAGACAGAGUGCUCAUCGGUGGAGAUGAUUCUCCAGAGGGACAGAAAGCUGUCCGUGCUCUUUGUGCUGUUUAUGAGCACUGGGUGCCCAAAGAAAAAAUCCUCACAACCAACACCUGGUCGUCAGAACUUUCUAAGCUGGCAGCUAAUGCUUUCCUUGCCCAAAGAAUCAGCAGCAUCAACUCGAUCAGUGCCCUGUGUGAAGCUACAGGAGCAGAUGUUGAAGAAGUAGCAAGAGCUAUUGGAACAGACCAAAGAAUUGGAAAUAAGUUUCUCAAAGCCAGUGUUGGGUUUGGAGGUAGCUGUUUUCAAAAGGAUGUCUUGAAUUUAGUGUACCUCUGUGAGGCGCUGAACUUACCUGAAGUAGCCCGUUACUGGCAACAGGUAAUAGACAUGAAUGAUUAUCAGAGAAGAAGAUUUGCUUCCCGCAUUAUUGACAGCCUGUUCAAUACUGUCACUGAUAAGAAGAUUGCUAUUUUAGGGUUUGCAUUCAAAAAGGAUACUGGGGACACAAGAGAGUCAUCCAGUAUCUACAUUAGCAAGUAUUUGAUGGAUGAAGGAGCAAAGCUCCAUAUCUAUGAUCCUAAAGUACCUAAGGAACAAAUCAUCUUGGAUCUCUCCCAUCCGGGUGUCUCAGAAGAUAACCAAGUGUCUCGGUUGGUCACCAUCAGCAAAGAUCCCUAUGAAGCCUGUGAUGGAGCUCAUGCCCUUGUCAUCUGCACUGAAUGGGACAUGUUUAAGGAGUUGGAUUAUGAACGUAUUCAUAAGAAGAUGCUGAAGCCUGCAUUUAUCUUUGAUGGUAGGAGAGUUCUAGAUGAUCUUCACAAUGAGCUACAAGUCAUUGGUUUCCAGAUUGAAACAAUUGGGAAGAAGGUGUCAGCCAAAGGAAUUCCUUUUGGUUCUUCCUGUGAAAUUCCUAAAUUCAGCCUGCAGGACCCACCUGUCAAAAAGCCCAGAGUAUAA